UGAGGAGUAGUUGGCAUCAUGGAUGAAAACGUGUAGCUGUGUUAAAAUCAUUAUUAGUAAUACUGGCGGUUUAUAUGUGAUUUAGCAUCAUGAAGGUAAAUGAGAACACUUUACUGGAGGGACACAAAGUCGUGCUGGUCCCUUACAAUGCAGACCACGUGCCCAGGUAUCAUGAGUGGAUGAAGUCUCCUGAGCUGCAGCAGCUGACCGCUUCGGAGCCACUGACCCUGGAACAGGAGUACGACAUGCAGCGGAGCUGGAGGGAAGAUAAUGACAAGUGCACGUUCAUCAUCUUGGACAAGCAGCGGUGGGCAAACACCAGUGUAGAAGAGGAGCAGUGCAUGGUGGGAGAUGUCAACAUCUUUCUUACUGACCCCACAGACCCAUCCUUGGCUGAGUUGGAGGUCAUGAUAGCAGAGCCCAGUCACAGAGGCAAGGGCAUCGGGAAGGAAGUGACACGCAUGAUGAUGUGCUACGGACUCACUAAACUUGGGGUCAGAAAGUUUCAAGCGAAAAUUGGGCUGGAAAACCAGGUCAGCAUUGGCAUGUUCAAGAAACUCGGCUUCCUAGAGGUGUCGGUGUGUAAAGUGUUCAAAGAGGUGACCCUCGAGAUGACGGUUGACGAGUCCGUCCGGACGAAGCUGAUGGGAGAAAUGGCCGACAUGAAGGAGAGGGACUACAGACAGACCUGCAGCAACAGACAGGAACUGGUUUCAUAGUGAGGAGCUGAGCUGCACUCACAGGUCCUGAAGACUUCCUGCUGAGAAGGAGAUCAUUCUGCACACAGAUGAAGGAAAUCUGAAGCUGAAAACUGGUGUGUGGUUUUACACACAUGUGCAGCACACCUUCACACACAGCGUCAUACACUGUUGUCAGUAAUACCAGAAUACCUGUUCAUCUUAUGCUUGCAGAAGCGAGUACAUUUACUCAAGUAUUGAACCUAAGUGCAGUUUUGAGGUACUGGUACUUUCUGUAAGAUCAUUAAGGAGGUUGGGCGUUGAUGUUGAGUGAUCACACUUCCAGUUCGUCCCACAGAUAUCGAUGGGGUUGAGGUCAGGUGCUCUGCAGGCCAGUUAAGUUUGUCGACAAACUCAGAAAGCAGUUUCUUUUAGGACUGUGCUUUGUGUAGAGGUACAUUAUCAAGUUGAAAUAGUAAAAGAUCUUCCUCAAUCUGUUGCCACAAAGUAAAAUUAUUAUUGUAAAUCUUCUGCUAAUACUUGCUUACUUUUACUUUAGUAAAGAAAACCUGAUCGUAAACCUGACUCUAUUAUUUCAGUAUUAUAACUUUUUAGUACUCUAAGUAUUUGAAUUUGUCUUCCACCGCACAGUCACACACAAAAUCCACACAGAACACAUGCACACUUCGGAUAAUGAGCCUUUAAAGGAAUAGUUUGCCAUUUUGGGAAAUGCAGGAAAAGCUUGUGAGGGCUGGGUUGACUCGGCCUCAGUGCUGAUUGCUUUGUGGGUGAGGCGAGUGUUGUAGAUGUCCAGGAGGGAGAGAAGUGAGGCACCAGUGAUCUUUCCAGUGGUAUUCACUGUGUCCUGCUCCUGUACCGCACAGUGAUGCAGCUGGUCAGGAUACUUUCAAUGGUAGAAAGAGCACAUGAUGGGUGCUCUCUUUAAUUUGCAGAGGAAGUAGAGGCGCUGCUGGGCUUUGUUUGCCGGUGAUGCAGUGUUUAUUGUCCAGGAGAGGUCCUCAGUGAUGCACACGAAGAAAUGCGGAGCCGCUCACACUCUCCACAGCAGAACCAUUGAUGGUCAGUGUGCAGUGUUGGUUGUGGGUUCUCCGGAAGGCAGUAACAAUCUCACCACACCACAUAGCAAAUCCGUUCACCUCGUUCCUGUAGUUCGCUCUUUGUUGCUGAUGAGACCCACCACAGCCAUGUCAUCUGCAAAUCUUAUGUAGGUGUAGUUUGGUGCAGUCACGGGUCAGCAGGGUGAAGACCAGGGGACUGAACACCCAUCCUUGUGGGGCCCCUAUACUCAGUGUGUUAUUGCAGACCCCUGCUUGUGAUCUCUCAGUGAGAAAGUCCAGUACAGAGAGGUGUUCAGGCCCAGCAGGUCCAGCUUCCAUAUUAACUGCUGACCACAUUCUCACAUAAGAGCCUCUUGUGUCCGGGUGGGCGAGGGCUGAGUGGAGAGCAGAGGAGGCUGCAUUCAUCGGUGGACCGGGUAGCCCGAUAUGCAAAACUGAAAUGGGUCCAGGGAGGGAGGACGGAUCUUACUUGCUGCAUGUCUAGUCUUUCAAAGCACUUCACGAUGGUGGAGGUCAGUGCAACAGGGCGAUAGUCAUUGAAGCCGGAUGGAUCGAUACCACUCUAAUGUCUGUCCAUUAAAUAUGAAGCUACAACCAGCGUGAAAUUAGCUUAGCACAAAGACUGGAAAAGGUAAAAACAAGGUCAUAACAUAAGGUAACAAACGUCACCUACCAGCAUCAGUAAAGCUCUUUAAUGAACUGUUUGUAUGUUGUUUGUUUAAUCCAUACAAAAACCGGCGCACGAAAGCGACGAGUUUUGGGUUUCUGAGGGUUUAUGCGCCGGACUGUUUCCUGGCUGGGAGCAGUGACUUCCUGGGGUCUUUUCACCUAAAUCAGCAAGAAGGUAAAUAGCUGUAAGUGUUUUUUUCCUCCUGCACACGGCCACACUAAAGUCCACAAGUUUCCAUUUAACUGUUUUUUUAAUGUCCAGUGUUUGUAGCGGUCUCUAAUGCUGAGAGUGAGAAAUGAAA